CAGAGAGCAUUCCAAAUUCAUAAUUCCUCGUUUCCCGGAUCUCUCCCUAAUCUCAAAAACCCGACCCAUUUACGCAACCCAAACCCGGGUUCAACCCAAAAAAAUGGAUAAGCCAAGCUUCGUAAUCACAGCCAAAGAAGCUGAAUCCGCCGCGAAACAACUCGGCGUCACCGUCUCCAAGCUCCUCCCUUCGCUAGUCAAACCAGCGGAAUCCUACGCUCGAACUCCGAUUUCGAAAUUCAACGUCGCAGCGGUCGGACUCGGAUCAUCGGGUCGGAUCUUCUUAGGCGUCAAUGUCGAAUUCCCAAACCUCCCUCUCCACCACUCAAUCCACGCCGAGCAGUUCCUCGUAACAAACCUCACGCUCAACGGCGAGUCUCACCUCAAAUGCUUCUCCGUCUCCGCCGCGCCGUGUGGUCAUUGCCGCCAGUUCCUCCAAGAAAUCCGCGGCGCGUCUGAGAUCAAAAUCCUAAUCACCGAUCCAAAAAACUCCGCCGAUUCCGAUUCCGCCGCCGACUCCGACGGAUUCUUACGUCUCGGAAGCUUCUUACCUCACAGAUUCGGUCCCGACGAUCUUCUCGAGAAAGAUAUCCCUCUUCUCCUCGAACCUCACGAUAACCGUCUCGCAGUCUCAGAUCUCGAUUCGAUCUGUAACGGAAUCGCCGAUCCCUCCGCCGAUUUGAAACAGACGGCUUUAGCGGCGGCGAACAGAUCGUACGCGCCGUAUAGUUUGUGUCCGUCGGGAGUAGCGUUGGUGGAUUGUGACGGGAAAGUGUACAGAGGAUGGUAUAUGGAAUCGGCGGCGUAUAAUCCAAGUUUGGGACCAGUACAGGCGGCGCUGGUUGAUUACGUGGCAAACGGUGGUGGAGGAGGUUACGAGAGGAUCGUCGGAGCGGUGUUGGUGGAGAAAAAAGAUGCGGUGGUGAGACAAGAGGAGACGGCGAGGUUGUUGUUAAAGACUAUAUCGCCGAAAUGCGAAUUCAAAGUGUUUCAUUGCUACGGAGCUUCUGCUUAGAAGAAAAUAAUCAUUUUUUAAUCAUCGCAAAAAAAAAAAAAAACGAAUAAAAAAAAAUGUGACUUUUUAAAUUUACUUCAUAUAAUUGUUGAAAUUGAUGUGUGCUUCUCUCUCAAUGAUGUGGAUAGAUUUUUAAAAAGAAUAGUGUUGAUGACAACACAUAAAGAGAAUAAGAAAAAGUUUUUAUUUUAUUUUAA